CUGACCACGGGGACGCGCCCGCUCUCACGCAGUCAGCAGCCGCGCGGCCAGGCCACCGGCCAGCCUGUCCCCCCCCCCGCUCUUCCUUCUCUCGGGUCUGUCCCGGUUUCCCGCUCCAGCUCCCAGUCCCGUCGGGUCGCCCGGUGGAUCCCGCCGCCCCCCCGCCGCCGGCAGCCGGUCAGAGCGGCGGAUUACCGAGCCGAAGCAGCGGCGUGCCCGGCGGGCCUCCGCCUCACCUCCGCUCACCGUUACCGGACGGUGACGUCACCCUUCAGAAAAGUUGGGACGGGCGAGCCGCUGCCCGGACCCGGACCCGGACCCGGAGCCGGAGCCGGAGCCAGUCCCAGCCUCGGUCGUUCAGCCCUCCGGAGAUGAGAGAGUGACCGCAGCGGCCUGCACGAGCCUCCGGUCGGUCUUAAGGUGGGCGGAGCUAAACAUGGCUGCUGCCUCGGUGAAGGUGGCGGUUCGAGUUCGACCGUUCAACUCCAGAGAGACGACGCACAACUCCAGAUGUGUGAUCCAGAUGAGAGGAAACACAACGAGUAUCUUGAACCCCAAACAGACUAAAGAUGGAGCGAAGAAUUUCACCUUUGACCACUCGUACUGGUCACACACCCCGGACGACUCCAGCUUCGCCUCCCAGCAGCAGGUCUACAAGGACAUCGGGGAGGAGAUGCUGCUGCACGCCUUCGAAGGGUACAACGUGUGCAUCUUUGCGUACGGCCAGACCGGGGCGGGGAAGAGCUACACCAUGAUGGGCAAACAGGAACCGGGACAGGAAGGGAUCAUCCCACAGCUCUGUGAGGACCUGUUCCAGAGAACCGGGGAGAACCGCGACCCGGACCUCACCUACUCUGUGGAGGUGUCCUACAUGGAGAUCUACUGUGAGCGGGUCCGGGACCUGCUGAACCCGAAGUCCCAGGGGACGCUGCGGGUCCGGGAGCACCCCAUCCUGGGCCCGUACGUGGAGGACCUGUCCAAACUGGCCGUGACCGGCUUCCCCGACAUCCGGGACCUGAUGGACGCCGGCAACAAGGCUCGGACGGUCGCGGCCACCAACAUGAACGAGACGUCGUCCCGGUCCCACGCCGUCUUCACCAUCGUCUUCACUCAGAAACGCCGCGACCAGCUGACGGGCCUGGACACGGAGAAGGUCAGUAAGGUGAGCCUGGUGGACCUGGCCGGCAGUGAACGAGCAGACUCUUCUGGAGCCAGAGGAACCCGGCUGAAGGAAGGAGCCAACAUCAACAAGUCCCUCACCACAUUGGGGAAGGUGAUCUCGGCACUGGCGGAGAUGCAGAGCAGCAAGAAGAGGAGGAGCGACUUCAUCCCCUACAGAGACUCCGUCCUCACCUGGCUGCUGAAGGAGAACCUGGGAGGAAACUCUCGAACAGCGAUGAUCGCCGCUCUGAGUCCAGCUGACAUCAACUAUGAAGAAACUCUGAGCACACUGAGGUAUGCCGACCGCGCCAAACAGAUCCGCUGCAACGCCAUCAUCAACGAAGACCCCAACGCCAAACUGAUCCGGGAGCUGAAGGCCGAAGUGGAACGGCUCCGGAACCUGCUGUUCUCCCAGGGCCUGCAGGAGCUGCUGCACACCAACACCGAAAACAGCAGUACGUGUCCUGCUGGCGUGUCGGAUGUGGGCCCCGCCCCCCUGCAGUUGGCCGUCACAGCCAAUGGGAUGGCUCCUGGAGCGGGCCCCCCGCCUGCAGGCGACGGAGGCGAACCUGGCGCCGGGCCGCCCGCUGAACUUCAUCACCCGGCGGACGACACAGAGGAAGACGAGGGCGUUACCACGGAGACCAUCAGCAAAGAGGAAGCAGCGGAGAGGCUGAUGGAAACGGAGAAGAUCAUAGCCGAGCUGAACGAGACCUGGGAGGAGAAGCUGAGGAAGACCGAGUCCAUCCGUCUGGAGAGGGAGUCCAUCCUGGCAGAGAUGGGUGUGUCCAUUAAGGAGGACGGAGGGACUCUGGGCGUCUUCUCUCCUAAAGGAACGCCUCAUCUGGUCAACCUGAACGAAGACCCGCUGAUGUCCGAGUGUCUGCUGUACUACAUCAAGGAGGGCUUCACCAGGGUUGGACAGCAGGACGUGGACAUUAAGCUAUCCGGAGACUUCAUCAAGGAGAUCCACUGUGUUUUCGUCAGCGAGACCAACGAGCAGGGAGAAGUGGAGGUCACUCUGGAGCCGCUGGUGGGGGCGGAGACCUACGUCAACGGGAAGCAGAUCACAGACGCCGUCGUUCUGAAACAAGGCCACCGUAUCGUGAUGGGAAAGAACCACGUGUUCCGGUUCAACCACCCGGAGCAGGCCCGUCUGCAGAGGGAGCGCAGCGCCACGGCGGAGCAGCAGGGGGAGCCAGAGGACUGGAACUACGCCCAGAGGGAGCUGCUGGAGAAGCAGGGCAUCGACAUCAAGCUGGAGAUGGAGCGCAGGCUGCAGGAUGUGGAAAGUCAGUACCGGAAGGAGAAGGAGGAGGCCGACCUGCUGCUGGAGCAGCACAGACUGUAUGCAGACAGCGACAGUGGGGACGACUCGGACAAGCGGUCCUGUGAGGAGAGCUGGAGGCUGAUUUCCUCCCUGAGAGAGAAGCUUCCUGCCAACAAGGUGCAGAGCAUCGUGAAGCGCUGCGGCCUGCCCAGCAGCGGGAAGAGGCGGGAGCCCCAGAGGGUCUACCAGAUCCCCCAGAGGAGGAGGAUCAGCAAGGACCCCAGGAGGGUCACGGUGGACGACCUCCGCAUGCAGGCCGUCAAGGAGAUCUGCUACGAGGUGGCCCUGGGAGACUUCCGGCACUCCCGGCAGGAGAUCGAGGCGCUGGCCAUCGUCAAGAUGAAGGAGCUGUGCCGCAUGUACACCAAGAAGGACCCGGCCGAGGCCGACAGCUGGAGGGCCGUGGCCCAGGACGUCUGCCACACGGUGGGCAUCGGGGACGAGAGGAGCCCCCCCCCGGAGGAGGGAGGAGGAGGGGGGGCCGGAGGAGGAGAGGGAGGAGAUGACGGAAAAGUCUACGACCUGAAGGCUCACAUCGACAAGCUGACCGACAUCCUGGAGGAGGUGAAGCUUCAGAACAACAUGAAGGACGAGGAGAUCCGGGCUCUAAGGGACCGAAUGGUGAAGAUGGAGAGCAUCAUUCCUCUGCAGGACGAGGACGCCGACGCAGACGGCGGGGAGUCCCCGCCCGGCGAAGCGGACGGCCCCGCCCCCGACCGGCCCGAGGGGCGUGUCCGGCGCCUGAUGGAGGAGGACCCGGCCUUCAGGAGAGGGCGCCUCCGCUGGCUGAAGCAGGAACAGCAGCGCAUCCUCAACCUGCAGCAGCAGAGCCUGGGCAGGAAGCAGAGGACGCAGGGACAAGGUGUGACUCCGCCCGCCUUGCCGCUCCACCUGCCGGGGACCGGACGCUUCAUCCCUCCCCAGGAGUGCAAGCUGAAGUUCCCCUUCAAGAGCAACCCGGCCCACCGGUUGUCAUGGGGACCGGCCAGCGCGGCCCUGCAGGCGCUGGGUCUGGGGGGGGGAGGGGGGGAGGGGGCGGAGCCGGGGGGGGAGGGUGGAGCGGGUGGAGCGGCCUCUCCCUCACCUCCGUCUGUCCCUCUGGGACAGGCUCCACCCGCUCUCCUGCCCCUUCCUUUUCAAGCUCCGCCCCCUCGGAUGCGGACCCCGAGCCCUCACCGUCCCUGGCAGCAGCGUAACCACGGCAACCAGGGCGGCUUCGGCCAGCAGCGCCGCCACCGCCGGAACUCCCUGGACGGCUCCGUCCACGGCAACGGGAACUAUGACAACGGCGGCGGCGGUCACCAAGGACGACCGCGGCAGAGGAGGGGGCCGUCGCCCGGCCCCGGGGGCGAGAGAGGGGGGAGGGGCGGGGGCGGGGGAGGGGGCGGGGCAGGGGGGUGGGACUUCCAGUGCAAUCAGCGUCAGCAGUAUCAGUUCCAUCCCCAUCCCUACUACAACCCCUACAAUGCACCAUUCCAGCCCGGACCUCACAACAGCUACCACAGCCUGCCGCGCCCCGGGGGGCCGCCGCCCCCCCCCGACCUGCUCCUGGGGGCGGGGCCUUCGCCGGCGCCAGGCGGGUGGGGCUUCAUGACCCCGCCCAGAAUGAGGCGGCAGUUCAGUGCGCCAGAUCUUAAGAGCAAGGACACGCCCACCUGAGCCCCGGGGGCGGUCCCACGCUGUAGUGUGUGUGUGUGUGUGUGUGUGUGUGUGUGUGUGUGUGUGUGCCUGGUUUUCCCAUGUUGCUGACCUGCUUGUUGUUGCUCUGCUAGUUACUUUACUGAAACCAGUCGACCCUCAGCCCAGAUCCUGGAGUCAACCCAGCAACCUCCGUCAGCUGCUGCAGCCAGGGACAGAGGUCAGCCAGGGACAGAGGUCAGCCAGGGGUGGAGGUCAGCCAGGGGUGGAGGUCAGGCAGGGACAGAGGUCAGCCAGGGGUGGAGGUCAGCCAGGGGUGGAGGUCAGCCAGAGGUGGAGGUCAGCCAGGGGUGGAGGUCAGCCAGGGGUGGAGGUCAGCCAGGGGUGGAGGUCAGCCAAGGGUGGAGGUCAGGCAGGGACGGAGGUCAGCUGUAGGUGGAGGUCAGCCAGGGGUGGAGGUCAGCCAGGGACAGAGGUCAGCCAGAGGUGGAGGUCAGCCAGAGGUGGAGGUCAGCCAGGGACGGAGGUCAGCCAGGGACGGAGGUCAGCCAGAGGUGGAGGUCAGCCAGAGGUGGAGGUCAGCCAUGUCCUCCUCCACCUGCACCGCAGCAUCUCCUGUGGAUGUCGGCUGCUGGAGGGUGGAGGUUCUAGUAAACAGGAAACCUGCUGGUUGCUGGUUGAACUCCAGCUGACUGGUUGCUGGUUGAACUCCAGCUGACUGGUUGCUGGUUGAACUCCAGCUGACUGGUUGCUGGUUGAACUGGUUGCUGGUUCAACUCCAGCUGAUGUUCUUGAGAGCUGAAUGCUGCUGCUACAAACCAAAGAGCCGACUCAGUGGCGCCUCCUGCUGUUGGGAGUGUUUGUAUAUUUGCGGUUUUACUCAGUAGCAGUUCAUUAGUCAGUUCGUUAGUCAGUUAGUCAGUCAGUUAGUUAGUUAGUCAGUUAGUUAGUUAGUUAGUUGGUUAGUUAGUGGUGAUGAGCAGGUGGAGGAAGGUGAACCAAAAGGAGGCGUGGCUGGUGUGCAGAUGGAGGCUGAAACGUUGUAUUUUAAAUGUGUGAGGUUGAAGUCCUGCUGCGAGGCUGUGAUGUCACUUCCUGUCCCCGCGCUGCCUUCAGGACACUGCAGAAGGCUGGGACAAGUGGCUUCCUGCUUGAUGUUGCUCAUAGUGUUGGUGUCCCCGGCAGCCGCAGAGUCCCUGCUCUUCCUCUGCUCCUGAUGCAUUCUGGGAAAAGUGAGCGUCAUCGCCAUUGAACAGUGAAGACAGGAACAGAUGGAGACUCUGGUCCCGUGUUUCACCUUUCAUCCUUUUCAGAACUUUAUGAGCAAUGCAUUGUGGGAGGUGUUUUUAGUGCUUUGUGUUUAUUCCACUUUGAAGAAAUCUGACAUGUUAAGAGCAGAGCUCCGGGACGUGAUUGGCCCGCGGCCUGACGCGGCUGAACGCACCAAUCACAGAACAGUCUCGGGGCUCCGGGACGUGAUUGGCCCGCGGCCUGACGCGGCCGAACGGACCAAUCACGUUGCUGCUGCUGACUCCGGCCUGAUUCAAGCUGCUCCUGCUUCAUGUUUGGUUUCCAGCUUCUUUCUUUGUUUUCUAUUUUCAUAUGGGGACUGUUGUAACCAGGCCACAUGUCUGUUUGAUCACCGUGACGAUUCAGGUUUGAAGUUCAGAACCACAACAGUCGGCCGGUUGCCCGGCAACACUGUAGUUGUUGACAUAAACAAUCUCAGGCUGUAACUUCAAACCCUGUUGCCAAUAAAAGCUGAAAUCUGAAGA